GUGCUUCCAAGUGACUUUGGUAAUUUGUUCGGUGGCGAAUCGAGGGAUUAAAUAAUGCGACAGUGGAAACGGGGAAUUGGGAUGGAACGGACACGUGAUCUUUGUUUAGACGAGACGAGAGGAAUUUGAUAGCAAGGGUAAAUCCGGGAGGGAUGGGCCAGCAGGAGAAAAUUUAGAAUUUAUAUUAUUAUACAAGAUUCGUGUGUCAAAAUGCAUCAACAAUGAGUUGGCCCGAAUCGCUCCCCCAGGACCAGGAGCCCGUCGACGCCGACUUGUGGCCCACCUCCGAGAACGACCUCAACGAGACCGAAGACAUCAAAAUCCGACUCAACAUCACCUUGCAGCAAUGCGCCAAUCUCUACGCCAACAGGACCACAGCCCUCGUCGAGAGCCACCCAGAUGGGUUCUGUCCCGUCACCACCGAUGGGUUGCUCUGCUGGCCGCCCACACCCAUCAACGAGACGACUUAUGUUAAGUGUUUCGCGGAAUUGAUGAACAUUAGAUACGACGAUACGCAAAAUGCAACGCGACUUUGCCUCGCCAAUGGGACGUGGACAAAAGCCGAUUACUCCAAAUGCACCGAAAUCAUUCUUAUCCCGGAUGUCGAAACCCAAGCCACGAUUUAUUUCGUUGGAUACGUUUUAAGUUUAAUUACGUUGUCGAUAGCUUUGGGAAUUUUCACAUAUUUCAAAGAGCUCCGCUGUUUGAGAAACCGAAUUCACAUGAACCUCAUGUGGUCUUACAUGUUAAUGUACAUAAUGUGGAUUCUGACACUGACCGUUUUGGGGUCGAAAGGGGGCACCGGGGCCUCCAUUGCGUGCAUCUUCGUCAUCACACUCCUACACUACUUCCAUAUUUCGACGUUUUUUUGGAUGUUUGUCGAGGGAUUGUAUCUUUAUAUUCUCGUCGUGGAAACACUGACCAGGGAGAAUUAUAAAUUGAGGGUUUAUGUGUGCAUCGGGUGGGGGUUGCCGAUGAUUUUUAUUCUCAUUUGGGUCAUUGUCAAGAGUUUUAUUCCGGCGGCAGGCGACCCGGCUACGUGCACUUGGUUCAACAGUCACGACGUGGACUGGAUUUUCCAAGGACCCACAAUGUUGGUCCUCCUGCUGAACUUGGCCUUCCUGCUGGCCAUCAUGUGGGUCCUCAUCACCAAACUCCGCUCUGCCAACACGGUGGAAACCCAGCAGUACCACAAAGCAGCCAAAGCCCUUCUCGUACUUAUGCCCUUGUUGGGCAUCACCUACGUUAUCACAAUCUACGCCCCAACCCCUGAUAAGAGAUCAGAAAUCAUUUUCGAGUGCAUUCGAGCUGUUCUACUCUCGACACAGGGCUUCACCGUCGCUCUAUUCUACUGCUUCUUGAACACGGAGGUGCAGAACACCGUCCGCCACCACUUCGAGACGUGGAAGACCAGACGCUCGCUGGGCCCCUCCAGACUGCGAUCGGGGAGCCGCAGCAAGGACUGGUCCCCCAGGUCACGCACGGAGAGUAUACGAAACACGGAAUGGACGUUGGUAAUGCCGGACGAUGUCGAUGCCGAUGGAAAAGUCUCUUCUCCCGUCAACGGAAGCGUCCGUUAAGAUCGUCCAUCCCGAGGCGCUUUGCACGGAAAUACAAUUUAAUAAUAAUAACGGGACGCUUCUUUGGAGUCCUUGCCGCUGGUCUAACGUGUGCUUUGGAUGGGAGCCGGGAUUGUGUUCAACUGUUUCAUAUUCUUUCAAAUUGAAUUGGAUUGUGAAAAACGUUGCUUAAAUGUUGAUUUUUACAUCGAGUUUUUGUGUUGGCGAUUCGCGAGGGAGACGUCGGCGGGUCUCAGAGGAAACCAAAAAUCUACGCAGGAAAUAAGCAUCGAUUCAUGACAAAAUAUGGAACAUGUUGAAUGCGUUUCAGUUUUUUUUCUAUUUAAAUUAACCUUAGGCCAAGCUAAACUAUGUAUUUAUAUUCCGGGGAGAGGGUCCAAAGGUCGGGGUUUGAUUUAUGGACGAUUUUUAAACAAUAUUUAUUUUAAACAUCAACUGUUUAAAUAUUUAUUCGAAAUGAUUGGUUUUCAAAUAGCACGUAAUUAUGUUAGUGGGUGUCGUGUUUGCCAAUAAAAAACAGCCAAUAUUUAUUUUUAAUCAUUUAUUAAAAAAUAAAUUCAGUCUUAAAAAACUUAAAAAAAAUUGUCAGUGUUGGCGGUACACAACCUACAUUUCUAAAUAAAUUAUUUACGUGUGGGUUGCAUAACAUAUCACAAAAACUGUCUCUUUUUCCAACUAAAUAUAAAAUUAUAACAAAGAUAAUAUUAUUUUUUUUUAAAUAAUGUACCUACAUAAAAUGCUGAAAUUUUCGAUGAUAAACUAAUUUAAGUAUCAAUAAAUUAUAAAAGUUUAUCCAAAAUCACAUUUUUUUUAGUGUACUUAAAAAUUUUAUGUCGUUUCACAUUAUAUUUUUUUAGCAAAAACACUCAUUAGAGCUAUACUAAAAAAAUCCAAGCUUCUUAAAAUUCUCUCCAAACAAAUUUUGGCUAUUUGUUUAUUUUUGUCCUGAACUUUAUACAGGGUGUGCCAGAACUCGCGCCCCAAAGAAAAAUGCCAUAUCAGUAAGAUACCAAAAACAUGGAAAAAACGUUAAAAAAAAUGUAU